CGGGGCUGUAGGAGCCUCCGCGGGGCAGGGUUGACGACCCUGUCCACCCUCUCCGUGGGCCCUGUCGUCCCUGGGCGCAAGGGAUCGGGGCGCGGGUGCGGGGCGCAGGGCGCGGGCCUCGGGUGGAGCGCGAGGUACUGGACCAAGGGCGCGGAUCGGGGCGCGGGCUCGUGCGCGGCCAUGGCGGCCGUGGCGCGCGCGCUGCUCGGCCUCCUGCUCCCUCUGCUGCUCCCCCCGCCGGCCGCGCGUGCGCAGUACGAGCAGUAUAGCUUCCGCGGGUUCCCGCCCGCCGCGCUGGCGCCGCUCGCCUCCACCUACGGCCGCGCGCUUGAGCUGUACGAGCGCGGCGCGUGGCGGGAGAGCGCGCACGGGCUGGAGGCUGCGCUGCGGCUGCACCGCCUGCUGCGAGACAGCGAGGCCUUCUGCCACGCGCGCUGCGGGGACCCCGGAGACCCCGGUGGCCCCGGGAACCCCGACGGCAGCGAGGCCUGGGCACAAGAGCUGCGGCUCUUCAGCACCGUCCUGCAGCGCGCCGCCUGCCUGCGCCGCUGCCAGAGUGAGCUGCCCGCCUUCCGCGUGCCCUACCCGCCGCGCCAGCUGCUGCGCGAUUUCCAGAGCCGCCGGCCCUACCUGUACCUGCACUAUGCACUCUUCAAGGACGAUCGGGUGGAGAAGGCGGUGGCUGCGGCCUACACUUUCCUGCAGAAGAACCCGAAGCACGAGUUGACCGCCAAGUAUCUGGCCUACUACCGGAGCAUGGUGGACAUCCCUGAUGAGUCCCUCACAGACCUGGAGGCCCAGCCAUACGAGGCCGUGUUCCUCCGGGCUGUGAAGCUCUACAACAGCGGUGAUUUCCGAAGCAGUGCCGAGGGCAUGGAGCGCGCCCUGGCCGAGUACCUGGCCGUCUUUGCCCGGUGUCUGGCAGGAUGCGAGGGGGCCCAGGAGCAGGUGGAAUUCAAGGACUUCUACCCGGCCAUAGCAGAUCUCUUUGCAGAGUCGCUGCAGUGCAAGGCGGACUGUGAGCCCUCUCUGACCCCCAACGUGGGCGGCUAUUUCGUGGACAAGUUCGUGGCCACCAUGUACCAUUAUAUGCAGUUCGCCUACUACAAGUUGAACGACAUGCACCAGGCCGCCCGCAGCGCUGCCAGCUACAUGCUCUUCGACCCUGGGGACAGCGUCAUGCAGCAGAACCUGGUGUACUACCGCUUCCACCGUGCACGCUGGGGCCUGGGGGACGAGGACUUCCUGCCUCGGGAGGAGGCCUCGCUCUACUACAAUCAGACGACUGAGCUGCGGCAGCUGCUGGACUACACUCAUGCACACCUGCAGGCUGAUGACGAGCCCCUCCAGAUGGAACUGGAAGGGACGGAGCCACCCCCCGAGCCCCAGCGGCCCCUGUCCGAUGCGGAGUUUGAGGGUGACGGCGACUACGAGGAGGGACUCUACGCAGACUGGUGGCAGGAGCCGGAUGCCAAGGGGGACGAUGCCGAGGCUGAGCCAGAGCCUGAGCUGGCGUGAGAAGGGAUCACCCGAGGGGUCACCACACCCCUGGACAGCUCAGGAAGCAGGGCAGCAGCAAGCACUAUUUAUGAAAACCUGACCAUGGACGCCGCUGGCCUGUCCCUACCAAGCGCGGUGCUGGCUCAUCUGUGUCCGGGUGUGCAGGGGCUGACGGGGUCCUCUGCUUCCUGGGUACCCCCUGUGGGAGCCCAGGCCACAGCUGGAGGCCCGGCCUGAGUGUCGGAGGGACAGCGGGGCCGAGGAGCACUGGAGCAGGCGUCCAGGAUUUCCCGCAUAGACCGUCGGUGCUCAAUAAAUGUUCGCGGUUGGUGAA